AUGAACGAGGACAACAGCAGCGCGGCUCUGAACGUGUCCGGUCUGGAGCUUUUCUUGGACCUGGAGGACAUAGAUGUGAGCGCGGAUGGCAGCCCCGUCCUGCGCCUGCUCAUCUGCCUCGUGUACAGCGUGGUGUGCGCCACGGGGCUGGUGGGUAACCUGCUUGUGCUGUUCUUCAUACGGGUGAAGCAUGAGCGGAAGACUUCCCGCGUAAACCUGUUUGUUCUGAACCUCGCGCUCACGGACCUGCAGUUCGUGCUGACGCUGCCAUUCUGGGCCGUGGAUACGGCUCUGGACUUCAGCUGGCCGUUUGGAGACGCCAUGUGCCGGAUUGUCCUGUCCGUGACGGUCAUGAACAUGUACGCCAGCGUCUUCUUCCUCACGGCCAUGAGCCUCACGCGCUACUGGUCUCUGGCCACGGCGCUCAACAACACCAAGACGCACGGCUCGUGCUCAGCCAAGUGGCAGUGCGCGUUCAUCUGGACUUUGGCGACCGUGGCCACGGCGCCCACUCCCAUCUUCUCCACGGUCAGUAACGUGACCGGUGAGAACCUGUGUCUGCUGCGCUUUCCCGGGGGGCAAUACUGGCUUGCGCUCUACCACAUCCAGAAGAUCCUCGUGGGCUUCGUGCUGCCCAUGUUCAUCGUGUCCAUCAGCUACAUGCUCCUGCUCCGGGUCAUCCGGGACCGCAGCAUGAAAUGCGUCAACCCAAAGCGACAGUCGCGCGUCACCAGGUCCGUGACCAUCGUGGUGCUGUCCUUCUUCUUGUGCUGGAUGCCCAACCACGCCAUCACUCUGUGGAGCGUGCUGGUCAAGCUGAACGCGGCACACUUCGACAAGGCGUACUACGUGGUGCACACGUACGUGUUCCCUCUGACCGUGUGCCUCGCGCACACUAACAGCUGCCUGAACCCCGUCAUUUACUGCCUCACGAGGAAGGAGUUCAGAGAGAAGCUCCGGGGGCUCGUACAUCGGGGCUAG